UAAAUUAUGAAAGUAUAAUAAAUUGUUAUAUAUUACUAGGGUGGCCUUUGAGAUUCGUGAUAAGAGACAGGAAUGUUACUAUGGGAAGCCAUUAAAUCUCCAGCCAACUUUAAAAUGCAUCCUAUCUGAUAAACGUUGCCUCUCCCUUUUUAAAAUAAAUAAAUACAUUGGAAUCCGAAUACAAUUCUAUUUAAACAUGGGGGUUGGUUUUUAGUUCUCAUGAUUGCAUUCCACAUUACUCCUCCUUCAUGGUCCUGUCAGUUGAGAUUCCGCUUCCUGUAUAAAGGACGAGGGACGAGCCCCAGCCUAGCCAGUCAAUAACAAGGAAGUGCUUUCCUAGCUUGGGCUUUAUUUCAGCAAAACAAGCAGGCAUCGGCUAGUCUGUGUACGGCAGUUAAAAUAUGGCUGAUGAUUUCGGUUUCUUCUCAUCCUCCGAUAACGGGGCGCCGGCGGAGGAGGACCCCGCAGCCGCGUUUCUAGCCCAGCAGGAAAGCGAGAUCGCUGGGAUUGAAAACGAUGAAGGGUUCGGAGCGCUGGAAGGGGCUGGGUCAGGCCAGCAGCAGCUGCAGCCGCAGUCGGAGCCAAAUUUUGGUGAUUUUGGAGGGGAGUUGCCCACAGUAAAUGGAGAUGUCUAUCAGGAGUCCAAUGGCCCCACUGAUGGCUACGCUGCAAUUGCACGCGUCGACCAGAUCAGACAGGAGCCCGAGAGCCUGCGCCUGUGGAGGGAGGAGCAGAAAGCCAGGCUGGAGGAACUAGACGCUGCGUCCAGGGCGGCCGAGAUGGAGUGGAAAGAGAAGGCGAAGAAGGAGCUGGAUGAAUGGCACGUACGUCAGAACGAGCAGAUGGAGAAGAACAAAGCCAACAACAGGAUCGUUGAUAAGGCUUUCUACGAGCAGCCCAACGCUGAUGUGAUAGGCUACGUGGCGUCUGAAGAAGCCUUCCUGAAGGAGUGUGACGAGGACACUCCCGGUUCCGAGUGGGAGAGGGUGGCACGGCUCUGCGACUUCAACCCCAAAACCAACAAGCAGUCCAAGGACGUGUCCCGCAUGCGCUCCGUACUCAUCGCCCUCAAACAGGCACCCCUGGUGCGCUAGGGCUGGAGCCCCCGCUCCCACAAUCGCACUCUCCAUAUCAUGCAAUAGUAGUAGCUAAACAGCCUUGUCUUUGUUGCCUGGACCGAAGAUAGUUGAUAUUCUAUGUUACAAGUGUUUCUUCCAAAUCACUGUUCACAGUCUGUGAUUAUGGAUGCAGUAUCCCUUUAAAUUGUCAUACCAGCAGUGCUUGCUGUAAUAUCAUGCUACAGUCUGCUCUUUCGUGGAUAGGAAGGCAAUUCAGCACACGGAAGGCAUUGAUCAGCCACUACCGUCUUUCUUGGCUUUGGCUGUGUAUUUUUAUUCUACCUUCUGCUGUAAUUUUUAAAUCCAUAAGAGGGAGCUAUUGCAUGAGGAAUUCAGUUUCAAAGAUCAAAAUCGCAUUUGGGCAUCUUUCAAAACAACGUACUGAAUCCAUUUGAUUCUUAAUAUUGGGAAAUACAUUGCUUCAAAAACAAAAUCAAGUACCAGUUACUGGGAUACUGCGUUUUAUAAUUGCUGAUUCUUUUUCUUAAUGUGCUGUUGUUCUCGUCUGUACAUUCGCCAGUGCCAUAAGCUGCUGUAGAUCGUUUUAUGUUUUUGUUUUUGGUGGGAUAGGUCAAUGCUUUAGAACAGUUUACAAUGUGUCCCAGUGAAGUGUGUCUGCCUUCUGCUUAACUAGCGAGAAAUGUAUUGGAAAUCUUGAACAUAGCAUUUCUAAAUCACAUAGUGUUGGAAACAUGAAUUUGAAAAAAAUAUAUAUAUAUUAGUGCAGCUUGCCUUGAAAUUUGUAAAUAUAUUAAAAUCAGAGUUUCUGAAGCGGUUUCCUUCGCUGAUAAUAAGGCUAAAGCACUGUGUGCGUCGAAUGAAGCCCAGUUUCUCUUUUCGAUUGACUAGCUGGUAUGUGAUCACGUUUUAUAAAAGAAACUGGUGAAAAAUACAGCCAUGUGCUACAGGGUCUCUUGUGUCAAUGUGUGGAUCUCCUUUACCUUGCGCUGGCUGAGUCCAGGUGAAAUCUCUUUAAAGUACCUGAAGGGUAACAUGAGAAACUGUUGCUUGCCCUGUGAUGUAGCCCAGGAAAUAAAGCGUUCUUGAUAUCAGCACAGCCUGUUGUAAUGCCCUGGGCUCAAAAGGCGGUCCUUGUUGAUAGUUCUUACUUUACUAAUGCAAUGCUUCUUGAUGUCCUCUUUCACAUAGGGACUGCCUUAAUUCGUUCCACACUGCAGCCUUGUGCAGGCUGCUGUAAUUCAUUGGCAGGCCCUGCUUGUCUCUUGUGGAAUUGACGCUGUCGGCUCUGCAGGCUCUGUUUGUUUGUUUGUUUGUCUGCAUGCAUGAAGAGCAUGGAUCACCGCUGCACACUCCGGCCAGGCUCCUGCAGCUGGGGCAUGGCUAGUCACCCCUGCGGUACUACACCAUGGUCCCUACCCACGUGCUAUUGCGGUUUCUGGAACUGGGUUCGGGCUCAAAAGCUGCUUUUUCUGUUGUUCUUAGCAUUGACCAGUGUUGCAAAAUCAAGCAGAUCUCUGGGCAGAAGCAGCCACACAGUUUAUGUCACAUGCCUGUGUAAAUGUACAAGCAGAUUGUGAAAGUUACAUUUUGUUUUUUUUAUAUACACCGGUAAUUGUGUAGUCCCGGAAAUUGAAUAAAGAAAAUGCAAAACUGA